CGCCCUCCAGGGCGCAGCUGGCUGGGUCAGUUGCUACUCGGGACACAGCGGAGAUGGCGGGCGUGCUGAAGGCUGCGGCCGCCAACGCCUUAGGAGCCAGUGACAUUCAAGAACGUUAUUGUAGACUUUACUGAGGAGGAGUGGAGACAACUGAGCCCUCCACAGAGGAAUCUGUACAGAGAAGUGACGCUGGAGAACUGUAGGAAUCUAAUCUAUGUGGGAGGUCGGGUGAAAAAAGAAGAAGAAGCCCAGCAAAGUGCCUGAGAAGGAAGGGAAAUGAUCUUCAUUGGUUAGCAUGUGCCUUGUAUGUGGCUUGCAGAAAAUCUGUUCCAACUGUAAGCAAAGGGACAGUGGAAGGAAACUAUGUAUCUUUAACUAGAAUCCUGAAAUGUUCAGAGCAGAGCUUAAUCGAAUUUUUUAAUAAGAUGAAGAAGUGGGAAGAUAUGGCAAAUCUACCCCCACAUUUCAGAGAACGUACUGAGAGAUUAGAAAGAAACUUCACUGUUUCUGCUGUAAUUUUUAAGAAAUAUGAACCCAUUUUUCAGGACAUCUUUAAAUACCCUCAAGAAGAGCAACCUCGUCAGCAGCGAGGACGGAAACAGCGGCGACAGCCCUGUACUGUGUCUGAAAUUUUCCAUUUUUGUUGGGUGCUUUUUAUAUAUGCAAAAGGUAAUUUCCCCAUGAUAAGUGAUGAUUUGGUCAAUUCUUAUCACCUGCUGCUGUGUGCUUUGGACUUAGUUUAUGGAAAUGCACUUCAGUGUUCUAAUCGUAAAGAACUUGUGAACCCUAAUUUUAAAGGCCUGUCUGAAGAUUUUCAUGCUAAGGAUUCUAAACCUUCCUCUGACCCCCCUUGUAUCAUUGAGAAACUGUGUUCCUUACAUGAUGGCCUAGUUUUGGAAGCAAAGGGGAUAAAGGAACAUUUCUGGAAACCCUAUAUUAGGAAACUUUAUGAAAAAAAGCUCCUUAAGGGAAAAGAAGAAAAUCUUACUGGGUUUCUAGAACCUGGAAACUUUGGAGAGAGUUUUAAAGCCAUCAAUAAGGCCUAUGAGGAGUAUGUUUUAUCUGUUGGGAAUUUAGAUGAGCGGAUAUUUCUUGGAGAGGAUGCUGAAGAGGAAAUUGGGACUCUCUCAAGGUGUCUGAACACUGGUUCAGGAACAGAGACUGCUGAAAGGGUGCAGAUGAAAAACAUCUUACAGCAGCAUUUUGACAAGUCCAAAGCACUUAGAAUCUCCACACCGCUAACUGGUGUUAGGUACAUUAAGGAGAACAGCCCUUGUGUGACCCCAGUUUCCACAGCUACGCAUAGCUUGAGUCGUCUUCACACCAUGCUGACAGGCCUCAGGAAUGCACCAAGUGAGAAAUUGGAACAGAUUCUCAGGACAUGUUCCAGAGAUCCAACCCAGGCUAUUGCUAACAGACUGAAAGAAAUGUUUGAAAUAUAUUCUCAGCAUUUCCAGCCAGAUGAGGAUUUCAGUAAUUGUGCUAAAGAAAUUGCCAGCAAACAUUUUCGUUUUGCGGAGAUGCUUUACUAUAAAGUAUUAGAAUCUGUUAUUGAGCAGGAACAAAAAAGACUAGGAGACAUGGAUUUAUCUGGUAUUCUAGAACAAGAUGCCUUCCACAGAUCUCUGUUGGCCUGCUGCCUUGAGGUCGUCACUUUUUCUUACAAGCCUCCUGGGAAUUUUCCAUUUAUUACUGAAAUAUUUGAAGUGCCUCUUUAUCAUUUUUAUAAGGUGAUAGAAGUAUUCAUUAGAGCAGAAGAUGGCCUUUGUAGAGAGGUGGUAAAACACCUUAAUCAGAUUGAAGAACAGAUCUUAGAUCAUUUGGCGUGGAAACCAGAGUCUCCACUCUGGGAAAAAAUUAGAGACAAUGAAAACAGAGUUCCUACAUGUGAAGAGGUCAUGCCACCUCAGAACCUGGAAAGGGCAGAUGAAAUUUGCAUUGCGGGCUCCCCUUUGACUCCCAGAAGGGUGACUGAAGUUCGUGCUGAUACUGGAGGUCUUGGAAGGAGCAUAACAUCUCCAACCACAUUAUAUGAUAGAUACAGCUCCCCACCAGCCAGCACUACCAGAAGGCGGCUAUUUGUUGAGAAUGAUAGCCCCUCUGAUGGAGGGACACCUGGGCGCAUGCCCCCACAGCCUCUAGUCAAUGCCGUCCCUGUGCAGAAUGUAUCUGGGGAGCCUGUUUCUGUCACACCGGUUCCUGGACAGACUUUGGUCACCAUGGCAACCGCCACUGUCACAGCCAACAAUGGGCAAACAGUAACCAUUCCUGUGCAAGGUAUUGCCAAUGAAAAUGGAGGGAUAACAUUCUUCCCUGUCCAAGUCAAUGUUGGGGGGCAGGCACAAGCUGUGACAGGCUCCAUCCAGCCCCUCAGUGCUCAGGCCCUGGCUGGAAGUCUGAGCUCUCAACAGAUGGCAGGAACAACUUUGCAAGUCCCUGGUCAAGUGGCCAUUCAACAGAUUUCCCCAGGUGGCCAACAACAGAAGCAAGGCCAGUCUGUAACCAGCAGUAGUAAUAGACCCAGGAAAACCAGCUCUUUAUCACUUUUCUUUAGAAAGGUAUACCAUUUAGCAGCUGUCCGCCUUCGGGAUCUCUGUGCCAAACUAGAUAUUUCAGAUGAACUGAGGAAAAAAAUCUGGACCUGCUUUGAAUUCUCCAUAAUUCAGUGUCCUGAACUUAUGAUGGACAGACAUCUGGACCAAUUAUUAAUGUGUGCCAUUUAUGUGAUGGCAAAGGUCACAAAAGAAGAUAAGUCCUUCCAGAACAUUAUGCGUUGUUAUAGGACUCAGCCACAGGCCCGGAGCCAGGUGUAUAGAAGUGUUUUGAUAAAAGGGAAAAGAAAAAGAAGAAAUUCCGGCAGCAGUGACAGCAGAAGCCAUCAGAAUUCUCCAACAGAACUAAACAAAGAUAGAACCAGUAGAGACUCCAGUCCAGUCAUGAGGUCAAGCAGCACCUUGCCAGUUCCACAGCCCAGCAGUGCUCCUCCCACACCUACUCGCCUCACAGGUGCCAACAGUGACAUGGAAGAAGAAGAGAGGGGAGACCUCAUUCAGUUCUACAACAACAUCUACAUCAAACAGAUUAAGACAUUUGCCAUGAAGUACUCCCAGGCAAAUGUAAUGGAUGCUCCUCCACUCUCUCCCUAUCCAUUUGUAAGAACAGGCUCCCCUCGCCGAAUACAGUUGUCUCAAAAUCAUCCUGUCUACAUUUCCCCACAUAAAAAUGAAACAAUGCUUUCUCCUCGAGAAAAGAUUUUCUAUUACUUCAGCAACAGUCCUUCAAAGAAACUGAGAGAAAUUAAUAGUAUGAUACGCACAGGAGAAACUCCAACUAAAAAGAGAGGAAUUCUUUUGGAAGAUGGAAGUGAAUCACCUGCAAAAAGAAUUUGCCCAGAAAAUCAUUCUGCCUUAUUACGCCGUCUCCAAGAUGUAGCUAAUGACCGUGGUUCCCACUGAGGUUAGUCUCUUGUAUUGAAACUCUUUUCACAACAUGUUUAGCCGCAUCCUUUAAUGCAUCUAGAUUAUGGAGCUUUUUCCCUUAAUCCAGCUGGUCAGUUACAGCCUGUUAGUAACAUGAGGGGAUAUUUUGUUGAGAAAUGGGACUUAACUCCUUCGAGUAUCCUUAGAACAUUUUAAUUCAUCCCAACUGUCUUUUUCUCCCUACCAUUCAGUGAUUACUGUCAAGGCUGCUUAGAAUCCAAACUUGGAUUUUUGACUCUGACAAAGCUUUUAAAAGUACUGCAAGAAAAUGAUGUGUACCCAAAUGUGAGCAUACGAGGCUUCUGUUGACAUACUCCAACAGAAGAACUGUGUUUCAAGUUCACUCCUACCUGUUUUGUGGUCAGCUGUAGUCCUCAUAAAAAGCAAAACAAAAAUUAGGUAUUUUGUCCUAAAACACCUGGUAGGAGUGUGAUUUUUACAUUCCUGAAACAGAACAAAGGAGAGCGCAACCAGGUUUGGAGGUCCUAGGUUAUUAGCCCUCGUCUCCCAUUCCCUUUCUGCACGUCUUCCCUCUCCCCAUUCGGUGUGGUGCAGUGUGAAAAGUUCUUGAUUGUUCGGGUGUGCAAUGUCUGAGUGAACCUGUAUAAGGGGUGGCACUUUAGGGCUGUAAAAUGCAUGAUUUUGUAACCCAGAUUUUGCUGUAUAUUUGUGAUAGCACUUUCUACAAUGUGAACUUUAUUAAGUACAAAACUUCCAGGCUAAACAUCCAAUAUUUUCUUUAAUGCUUUUGUACUUUUUUAAACUGUUAAAGCCCUUAUAGUCACCUUUUGGGAAUAUGUUUUAAAUUCUCCAGUUUUUUGUUAUAUAGGGAUCAAUCGGCUAAGAAAAGAUUUUAAAUCAAGUUGAAUUGAGGGGAUUAAUAUGAAAAAUUAUGACCUCUUCAUCGAAAAGAAAUGUCUAUUAAGGUGAUAUAUUUUAAAAUAUUUUUGGGUGUUCCUGGCAGUUUAAAAAAUUGUUUGGAGAAUUUAGGUUUUUAUUAGUACCAUAGUACCAUUUAUACAAAUUAGAAAAUGUUAUUUAACAGCUGUUGAAUUAUCUAUACAUACCUUUAUUAAUCACUAUUGUUCCAGCAGUUUUCAAGUCAAAUUAAUCAUCUUAUUAGGGAGAAAAUUCAAUUGUAAAUUGAAUCAGUAUAAACAAAGUUACUAGGUAACUUCAUAUUGCUCUGAGAGAAAUAUGGAACUUACACUGUUCAAUUAGAAUAGUGUUCUGCAAAAAUAUUUAUAAAACCUCUCAAGAUACUGCUACUGUAAUUUUAUAUGAAGAUAAGUGUAUUUUUCAAUAAAGCAUUUAUAAAUUA